GCACUGACGCAGACCUUGCGAAGGGCUAAACGUGGACCGUGUUUCCGCCCCGAGAAACAGUAGCGUUUCUGGGGAGACGCCUCAGCUGACAGUUACCACCGACCGCGCUAGAAGGCUCCGGACCGGCCACCUCCAUUACCAGCGUCACCAUGGGGGCUGUGCUGGGCGUCUUCUCCUUCGCCAGUUGGGUUCCAUGCCUCUGCAGUGGUGCAUCAUGUUUGCUGUGUAGUUGCUGUCCUAACAGUAAGAAUUCCACUGUGACUCGCCUCAUUUAUGCUUUCAUUCUCAUCCUGGGCACCGUUGUGUCCUGUAUCAUGCUGAUGGGGAUGGAAUCCCAGCUGAAGAAGAUUCCUGGAUUCUGUGAAGGGGGAUUUAAAAUCAAGGUGACUGAUAAAGCGGAUAAAGAUUGUGACGUGCUGGUUGGUUAUAAAGCUGUAUAUCGGAUCAACUUUGCAUUGGCUGUCUUUUUCUUUGUUUUCUUUCUGCUCAUGUUAAAAGUAAAAACAAGCAAAGGUCCCAGAGCAGCAAUACACAAUGGGUUUUGGUUCUUCAAAAUUGCUGCCAUUGUUGGUAUCAUGGUUGGCUCUUUCUACAUCCCUGGGGGCAAUUUCACUACAGCCUGGUUUGUUGUUGGCAUGAUAGGGGCUGCUUUCUUCAUCCUCAUUCAGCUGGUGCUGUUGAUAGACAUGGCUCACUCUUGGAAUGAAUUAUGGGUAAAUCAAAUGGAAGAAGGAAACCCAAGGUUCUGGUAUGCCGCUUUACUAUCUGUCACAAGCUUGUUUUAUAUCCUGUCAAUCGUUGCUGUUGGGCUGCUGUACACAUAUUAUACCAAACCAGAUGGCUGCACAGAAAACAAGUUCUUCAUCAGUAUUAAUCUGAUCCUUUGCAUUGUGGUUUCUAUUAUAUCAAUCCAUCCAAAAAUUCAGGAACACCAGCCUCGUUCUGGCCUUCUGCAGUCCUCUAUCAUCACCCUCUAUACCUUGUACCUCACGUGGUCAGCCAUGUGCAAUGAACCUGAUCGUUCCUGCAACCCCGGCCUGCUAAGCAUCAUUACACACAUUGCUGCACCAACCUUGGCUCCUGGAAAUUCAACUGCCGUGGUUCCUACCUCUACUCCACCAUCAAAGAGUGGGCAAUUUCUGGAAGCGGAGAAUAUUUUAGGGCUAAUAGUCUUUGUUCUCUGUCUUUUGUAUUCUAGCUUCCGCACUUCCAGCAAUAGUCAAGUAAACAAGCUGACCCUGUCAGGGAGUGACAGUGUGAUCCUUGGUGAUACAACUACCAAUGGUGCCAGUGAUGAAGAAGAUGGACAGCCUCGGCGGGCAGUGGACAAUGAGAAAGAGGGAGUGCAGUACAGCUACUCAUUCUUCCACUUAAUGCUCUGCUUGGCAUCCCUAUACAUCAUGAUGACCCUGACCAACUGGUACAGCCCCGAUGCAGAGUUCCAGAACAUGACCAGCAAGUGGCCAGCUGUGUGGGUCAAGAUCAGCUCCAGCUGGGUCUGCCUCCUCCUUUAUGUCUGGACCCUCCUGGCUCCACUGUUCCUCACCAGCCGGGACUUCAGCUGAACCUCUUGAGUGCCAAGGAGACCACUGAAAUUCAUAAAGAUCUCUUUUGCUGAAAACCCAUAUCCCUUUUAAGUUUGCUUCAACUAAAAUAUUGAGUGAAUGCUUUGCAAAUUUGAAUAUAUCCAGGUUUAUAUCAGAAGGCAGGAUUGAAUAAUACUUUAUGCAGAAUCUGAACUUUUCAUGUGUGUGUAUAUAUAUAUAUAUAAAAUGUUUAUUUGUAAGGAUAUAGCACAAAGGGAACAUUUUAGUGUUUUAAAGUGAACUACAGCUGUGCUGGAAAGAGAGUUCUUUGUAAAGAUCUAUAGGUUCCUACAAGUUUGGUUUAAAAUGUAAGAUAGAAGAAUGUUGGAUAUUUGAGGCCAUCAUUAAUAUAUUUCUAUUGCAGUAUCCUUAAAUAAUGCAUUUAUAUAUGACAGUUUUUCUCUGUGAAGGUGCUUGCCUGUGUGAUACAAGCACUGUUCAGUGAUUAAACUCUUCAGAGGUGUAGCAUCACAGUUCUUGGGGAAGGAUUAUGUAUGUGGGUCCUUCCCCAGAAGAGUGGUUGCUGACAUGGCUACUGCUUCUGCAUCUUGAGUUUUUUUAUUUACUCUUUUAAUACAGCAGCGUUAAUGCUGCUAGAUUCAAGUCUAUGGCUUUGUCAGAUAUGUUAAUUUCAAUAAAUGCUUUGUAGGUUUACUUAAAAUGAAGAUUCACUGGGAAAACACUGCAACUCGUCUAUGUAAUUAUCUUAAGUAUGUAAAAGUAAAAUGCAUGUGAAUUUAUUAUAUUUGCAUUAUAAAGGUAUUUGAUUAAAAUAGAAAGACUUUAAGCUUUUAAGGCCCUUUCUUUAACAGCUUUUACAAAUUAGCCGUUCUUUAUUUUUUGGACAGAUUUAUCAAGCGUCCAGUGAGGAUGCUCCUAUUCCUUCUAAAACUUUUAGAGUAACUGGUAGGCAGAGUCUUGAACUCAUUCAGAAGUUAUCCUAAAUAUCUUUUCUGGUUAAGACACUUCGUAGGUGAGAAACAGUGAGGCACCGUCAAGAAACAUCUUCAUGGCUGGCCGGUUAGCUUAAUUGGGAGAGCGUGGUGCUGGUAACACCAAGGUCACAGGUUCGGACCCCUGGACUGGCCAGUCACCAAAAGGUAAAUAAAAUAGUUUUUAAAAAAGUCGUCAUGAGAGGCAGCAUGCUGGGAAAUAGAAUUAAAACACUUUAUUCUUUCAACAAAGGUUUACUGAGUGUUCUGCACCAGGCCCCAUAGGUUUGGGGUACAGCUUUAAACAUAACAGACACAGACUCUGCUAUCUUGGACUUAAGAGUUUAGAAGAGUGUGAAAAUGAACUGAUAGGUGGUUAUAAUGGGAUGAGUUAGUGCUGUAAUUUAGGAACUGCAGAGAACUCAAAGGAGAAGUUCCUGGGGUGGAGGGUGUUAUGGUAGGCUUCUGGAGAAAGUGAUGUCUAAGCCAGUACUGUUAAGGAUUAGCUGAGAGAGAGAUGGGAAUGUGGGAUGACAUUCCUGAAGGGUAGACAAAACUAUAUAUUAAAGGCAGGGAGAUGAAAAAAUUGUUCAAUAAAGCUGGAACGGGGAGAAGUAGGCAGGGACUAAGUUAUGAAGGGCUUUAUCAACCCCACUAAUAAUUUUGGACCUUAUGUUGAGGGCAGAAGAAAACCUAUUUAAGGCGGCGUGAACAAAUGGUGUCUUGUCACUUUGGCUGAUAUAUAGAGAAUGGAUUUAGAGAGAUGAGACUGGGGCAGUCCACAUGAGGUCUGAAAUAGAGAAGUGGAAGUGGGGAUGGGGAGAAAUUGACAGCUGAGAGCUACUUAGUAAUUAGAAUUUUAACACUGGCAAUUAAUAGAUAAUGGGGUAAAGGUAGAUUCCUGAGUGAUUCUAGUUUAAUCCUCUGGGUGGAUAGUGGCUCCAUUUAUUUAGGGGGAAACAGGAAGAAGAACAAGUUGUGUUGGAAGAAAGAUGGAGGUGGUUCCUUUAACAAUGGUUAAUAGGCUUGGGAGUCAGACUGUUGGGGUUUACAUCCUGGCUUUGCCAUUUUCUAGUUGUCAAAAUGGUCAACUAAUAUUUAUUGCGUACAUACUAUGCUUUAUGACUUUGGGCAGAUGACUCUACCUCUCUGAACCUUAGUGUUAAUGUUUAGUACAUUUGAUGUUUAAGGAAUAAAGUUAUUUUGCAAAGUGCUUAACCCAUUUUAAGUGUUCUGGCAGUUGCUACUAGUCUCAAUAUGUGCUAAAAUGGGACUGGAUGAUAUUCAAAGGUCAGACAUGUUCAACCAGAAUCUGAUGAAGGCUGGAUUUAAAGUGUUCUUACAGAAUUAAACAGAUGAACAUAUUGGGACAGUCUCAGUUGGGGUAGAGGUAGGAGGAAGCAGGUCUUGAUAUGAAUUGUUGGAACCACUGUCUUUUAAACCAGUGGUUUAUGUCAGGGUAUGGAGAUAAAGUUGCAAAGGAUUUGAGGGGCAGAUAGGGAGGUUUAGCCCCUUUGCCAGUGUAAAGCAGAUACCCCACUUUCCAUAAUUGAAGAGGAGCUAGGAUUAAGAACUUUAAAGGUCCUAAACUUCGAAAGCAUUACAAGUGCCCCAUCCUCUUCCUUAUGUAAUUUAAAAUAAAAGCAAUACUGAACUGUAAAAUAAAUGUAACAAAGUCAAAUAAAGUUUUUAUUUUUUCUCA